UUGUUGUCCAGAGCAGUGCUGGUGAGGGAGACUGUUGUCUCUCAGCUGACAGAUGAGGAGCCUCACUGCACUCAGCGAGCGGCACUUGUUUGAGGACACAUUGGAAUAUCCGGGGGGAGGAGGAGGGGGAGUCAGUUGAGGCGAAAGUUCACUGUUUGGCGGACAGUCAAUAACUUAAUGAAAACGCACCAUGGCGUGUGAAGGGAGAGUUUGUUCAGCCGGACAGAGCCAGCUCCAUGUCUCCUCAGACUCUGACUCGGAGGCGGAGGGGGGAACUGCUCGGGUGGCCGGAAUCGGACCGUCCGCCGUCUCCUUCCCCUGCACCCAGGUCAUCCACAGCGGUCACUUCAUGGUGUCGUCGCCCCACAGCGACUCUGCGCCGCGCAGGAGGAAAAGCGGCGAGUCUCUGAGAUAUGACUUUGACACGGUGAACAGGACUUGGUGCCAGACCUACCGGUACGGCCCUCUCAGCUCCGGGAGCCUGAGCAUCGACCCCACUCUGAACCGCCUGUUUGACUGCAUGUCCCUGGCCUACAGUGGUAAGAUAGUCUCUCCCAAGUGGAAGUCUUUUAAGGGUCUGCGGUUGCUGUGGAGAGAUAAGAUCCGUCUGAACAAUGCGAUCUGGAGAGCUUGGUUCAUUCAGUAUGUGGAGAAGAGGAAGAACCCAGUGUGUGGGUUUGUCACACCGCUGGAGGGCUCUGAAGCCGAUGCUCAUCGAAAUCCUGAGGCAAUUGUAUUAGAGGGCAGCUACUGGAAGCGAAGGAUUGAGGUGGUGAUUAAGGAAUAUCACAAGUGGAGGAUUUACUAUAAGAAGAGGCUUCAGAGCAAGAAACAUGACAUUCUAUCAAUGCUGCAAGAGGGUCAGAUCUGCCAGGCCAAGCUGGAGAAAUGGUCCAAUCAGAUGUACCAGGAGCCCGAGGCUGCUCCCGUGGAAGCCCACAUGUUUGACCUGGACUGCCUUCUGUCCGACAUCUCCGACACACUGUUCACCAUGACACAAAAGCCGUGUCCAUGGGCCAGUGACCGACACGACACUUACACAAGCAAUGCUGACAUAAUCCAGCCAGACCUGACUCCACUGCAGCCCAACCUGGAUGAUUUCAUGGACAUACCAGAUAUCUUUAUGAGCUACCGGGGCCAGCCCACUGAGCAGACUGCUUUUGCUGACUGUGGCUAUUAUGACAGCUCAACCAGCACAGCGUUUGCUCCACUUCCCUCUCCUGUGGUAACAACUCCUCAGCUACUUAUCAACACCCAGCUGGCUCAGCCCAAUCUGUCAUCUGAUAAUUUGCCUCAGCCCUCCUCAUCAAAUAUCCGGCCAGACCACUCCAGGCCAGACCAGGAUUGCGGUGAAUACCACACAUCUAGCAUCCUCUCAGGCACCAUGCAAUAUGGACAGUCAUACCCUGAUCCACCUGUUUCUAUAGCAUAUACCACCGGCAUCGAGCAGCCGGCCUCUUCAGAUGUUCCUUUUUUGUACCCACUGCCAUGUCACAAGUUUGGCUACUACACAACAACCAGUGUGACCCCAACUGUCAUUACUCACACCGCCUCCACCGUGGGGGCCCAUGGCUCUGUGCGCCAGGCUCAUGGCUACCCUCACACAGGGGACUCAUACCCCCAGACUCCCUGCCACUCUCUCAGCUACCCGGCUGGCGUGUCUGACCCGGUCCACGCUACGCUGCCCUCUGUCACUGCGUCCCACUGCUUCUCAGUCCCGGAGCAGGUGGCUGCUGCUGGGGUCAGAGGGAAGCACAAGCAAAAGACAGGAGGAGUUUGGACAGUAGGUCCCCCCGUGGCUCCGUCUGGCCCCCCAUCCACUACACCUACACCCACCAGUUGCCUGGCUAAGCUACUCUCCUCCAGCACCCGUGAGCGUGACCAUCCGUUAGGAUUUGAUAGUACUCUAGUGACAGCCAAAGGUCAGAGAUCAUCAUCUCCCAGCUCUUCGUCACGCAGCAGCACGCAUAUCGGAGGAGCUUCCUCGCAGCUGCAGCAUGGAGCUGGUUGGCCUGCAGGGAUCCCAGCGCUGACUCCUCUGCACAGCCAGAGCGCCACCCUGGGUCACAGUGGACCCCACGCCAGCACCUCCAGAGGCUCGGCGGUAUCUGCCCUGCUCACCCACGGCUCCACGCACAGCGGAACAACCCUCCUCAUUCCCAAGACUGAGAAACUAUCUCCUGUCCAGCUCUACGGCACGGACAGGAGCAGCUUAGCAGUUAAUUUUCCAGGACAUCCAGGCAAAACGUCACCACCAAACUUUUUAGAUAAAGCCUCCAACCCCGAGUCCUCACACUCAGGUUUCUCAGGACACGGAAAGAUAGAAUCAAGUAAGCAAACAGAAACCAGGAGGAUAACUCACAUCUCGGCUGAGCAGAAGAGGCGUUUCAACAUCAAACUGGGAUUUGACACUUUACAUAAUCUUGUGACAACGCUCAGCUCUCAGCCAAGCAUAAAGAUCAGCAAAGCCACCACACUGCAGAAGACCGCUGAGUACAUCAGUAAGAUGCAGCAGGAGAGAGGUCAGCUGCACGAGGAGGCUCAGAGACUCAGGGAGGAGAUCCAGCUCCUGAACUCUGCCAUCAAUGCGUGCCAGCAGCAGCUUCCAGCCACUGGUGUGCCCAUUACACGGCAGCGCUUUGACCACAUGAGGCAGAAGUUCAGAGAGUAUGUCCAGGCCCAGACACUGCAAAACUGGAAGUUUUGGAUCUUCAGCAUCAUCAUCGAGCCGCUGUUUGAGUCCUAUAAUGGAAUGGUGUCCACUGCCAGUGUGGAGGACCUGUGUCGAUCCACUCUGUCCUGGCUGGACCAACACUGUUCCCUGCCUGCCCUAAGACCCAUGGUUCUGAGUUCACUCCGUCUCCUGAGUACCACCACAGCCAUCCUGACAGACCCCAGCCUGCUGCCGGAGCAGGCCACCCUCGCUGUCACCCAGGGCGACCCCGCUGCUGUCCUGGACCACUCCUUACAGCCCACCACUCGCGACGAUAUACACCCCAUGUGACUGCGAGGAACAGACUCAAUAGAAACUUAACUGGAAUCCACCACAAUGUACAAGUCAGAGGAGAGCCAGUGCAAUGAUUUUUAAAGACUCAACACUCAGCUCCAGGAAUUUUUGUAAUAACGCACAAUGACAUUCCAAUAAAACCCACAAGCUGCAAAAAGAUAAUAGUCCAUUACAACCAGAGCCAUAUGUCAUCUAUGCUGAAAUUCUGAUCACGGUGUGACACUUGUAAUUAUUUCAGAGCCCCAGAAUCAUUUUCUUUUGUGAAGCAGAAGUUCAGAUGAGUGGAAGGAGAUGUCAGUCACUGUGAUCUUGAAUGAAUUGCUUCAUUUUCUGUUUAAAUAAUUUGGUAACAUCAGUUGACAACUUCAUUUAUUCUCCAUUCACAUCUCAGGUUUUCUUUUCUGUGCAUAAUAUAUUACCUUCAAUUA